CAAAGUUAUUGUUUUGAUUUUGGAAAAUACCUGUGUAUGGAAAGGAAAACUUGAUAAUAUUGCUAAAAGUCCUCUAUUUCCACAUUUGGCAAGUUCGACAUGUCGGACGACAUCAAGAAGUACUUCAACGGCCUUCUCCACAAGGUCAGUGGACUGCAUGUAAUACAGAUAACGGAUCGCGAUGGAGUGCCCCUCCUACGGGUCAGUCAGGAGAAGAAUCUGGACUUUGCCCUGAUGCCGUCCUUCAUACCCACAUUCACCACGGCCUGCGACCAGGCGAGCAAACUGGGCCUGGGCCGGAACAAAACAAUCAUAUCGAUGUACUCCAACUACCAGGUGGUGCAAAUGAACAAGCUGCCACUUAUCCUCACGUUUGUGGGCGCAGAGAACUGCAACACGGGCCACAUCCUCGCCCUGGAGCACCAGGUGGACGGGUAUCUGGAGGACAUUAAGCAGGCGGUUACCGAGGCAUAGAAGUAGUCUACCAUGUAUAACAUAAUGCGCUUUAUACAUAUAAAUAUAUAUAUUUUUAAUAUUUGUUAAA